GAGUUCUUUGAGGGGUCUUUCUAAGCCAUUCCACAGAGAUGACGAUCAACACAAAUUUGUUAUCACUUUUAUUUAUCUUAUGCCCGGCGUACGGUACCGUAAUUGUUUUUUGAAGUGUGCAUAGAUUGAAUUACGGUACCGGUACGUACCGGUAAUUAAUAAUGCAGCUGCAGACGAUGCGAGGUAACGUUAAUAAAAGUAACAAAGCCUAGAUGUUUUUAUCCUGUGAAAUAAAUUGCUACCAGUUAUGUACAAAUAUAGUAUAUUUACGAAGUAUGCAUGCCAUACUUGUAAAUCAACUCACGUAGCAUGGAGAAAUGUCAAUAAUAUGUUCAGAUCUGCCCGAUCUGUCGUGCGAUCACUGAACACUUCGCUACCCGUAACUUCCCGGAGGGCUGGCAAUGGAGUCCCGUUGGCGUUAGAUGACAGUGGUAAAUUGGCGACACAGACAAAAUCACAGGAUGAGAACAAGCUUGACAUGUCCGAAUUCCCUGUUGAGAAUAUCAGAAAUUUUAGUAUCAUAGCACAUGUGGAUCAUGGCAAGAGUACCUUAGCAGACAGACUCUUGGAAUUAACUGGUACAAUUUCAAGAAAGGAAGACAACAAACAAGUCCUUGACAAACUUCAAGUAGAGCGAGAAAGGGGUAUCACAGUAAAAGCCCAGACUGCAUCUAUGGUGUACCAUUAUAAGGGAAAGAAAUACUUGCUCAAUCUCAUUGAUACACCUGGUCAUGUAGAUUUCAACUACGAGGUGUCUCGAUCAUUAGCAGCAUGCCAGGGGGUCUUACUGUUAGUAGAUGCUAACCAAGGAGUCCAGGCACAGACUGUUGCAAACUUCUACCUCGCCUUUGAAUCUGAUCUGACUAUCAUCCCUGUUAUCAACAAGAUUGACCUCAAGCUUGCUGACCCAGAAGGAGUUUCCAAGCAGCUAGACACCUUAUUUGACAUCAAAGAAGAUGAAGUCCUGAAGAUAUCAGCUAAAGUAGGAACAGGGAUCGAUGGAGUAUUACCAUCUGUCAUUGAAAGGGUUCCUCCCCCACCAUCCUCUCAUGAAAGACCAAUGAAAGGACUCCUUCUUGAUUCCUGGUAUAACCAAUACAGGGGUGCAUUCAUCAACUUUGCCCUGGUAGAUGGGGUCAUCAGGAAAGGAGAUAGGGUCAUGUCAGCGCACUCUGGGAAGACCCAUGAGGUUCAGGAGGUGGGGGUUAUGCAUCCUGAGGCUACCCCUACAAAUGAAUUGUAUGCAGGCCAGGUUGGAUACAUAGUACCAGGAAUAUAUAACAUCAAAGAAGCUCAUAUGGGAGAUACCUACUACCAUCCCAAUAAACCCGUAGAUCCACUGCCAGGAUUCAAACCAGCUAGACCAAUGGUAUUUGCUGGUCUCUAUCCAAUUGAUCAGUCAGAGUAUCUUGCCUUGAGAUCUGCUUUAGAUAAACUAACUCUCAAUGAUAGCAGUGUUUCUGUAAGCAGAGAUAGUAGUCCUGCUUUAGGUCAAGGUUGGAGGUUAGGAUUCCUUGGCCUGCUUCAUAUGGAGGUUUUCAACCAGCGUCUAGAGCAGGAGCAUAAUGCCAACGUCAUCGUCACUGUACCCAGUGUUCCAUUCAAGGCUGUUGUCAAAGACACCAAGGCCAAUAGACAAGAGUAUGGACCUGAUCCAGAGAUUACGGUCUAUAAUCCAUCGGUUUUUCCAGAUGCUCAGAGGGUAGAGGAGUAUCUAGAGCCUAUGGUCAUUGGAACCAUCAUAGCACCAGACGAACACAUCAGCAAGAUACUUAGUUUAUGCCUGAGCAAGCGAGGUGAACAGGAAGAGUACACCUACAUUGAUACCAAGCGAGUUCUUCUCAAGUACCGCCUACCUCUCAACGAGAUUGUGGUGGAUUUCUUUGAUCAACUCAAGUCAAUAUCAUCAGGAUAUGCUAGUUUUGAUUAUGAGGACUGUGGCUAUCAGCAAGCCAACCUGGUCAAACUGAGCAUUCUCCUCAACGGUCAGGAGGUAGAGGAACUAGCUACAGUGGUUCACCAAGACAAGGCCAGGGAAUCGGGGAAGGCUGUCUGCAACAAACUCAAGGAGAGCAUCCCAAGACAGCUCUAUGAGGUAGCCAUACAGGCCGCCAUCGGGAGUCGCAUCGUUGCCAGGGAGAAUGUCAGGGCACUCAGGAAAAAUGUUCUUGCCAAAUGUUAUGGAGGUGACAUCACCAGGAAGAUGAAACUCCUUCGUCGUCAGGCUGAAGGGAAGAAGAGGAUGAAGAAGUUUGGCAAUGUUGAAGUGCCCAAAGAUGCUUUCAUCUCUGUUCUCAAGAGGUGACCUCUGUCUCAAGGUCAUGCACAAGACAAUGAACCUUUAGCACCAUCUCUGGGACAGAUCUUCCAGGAGUCUUGUGGACCUUGGAUGAAUGCGCCUGGACAGUGAAAUCUUGCCUCCAGAAGAACCUUUUGUUGAACAGAACAUAACUGUAGGAUAAUAAUGUACAUCAUUGAUACGAGAGCCUACAAGCUGAUGGACAACUGGCUUCAAGAUCAACUAACAGGCAUAUCAAUUGGACUCUACAUGAUUUGUCAAAUAUACAUUGGACAAAUGACCUUUGAAGCUAUCAGAAAUAAUGAGUAUGUGAUUACAGAUUCCUGCACACAUA